CACCCAGGACAAGGUAGCGGACUAUUUCUCAUUCUCGCAAGUUGAAAAGACUGUCCGAACGCAACAAUGAGUCUCAGCAAGAAGGACAUUGACCUUGUGAAGGGCUUCUGGGAAGUAAUAAGGCCGCAGUCUGAACUUCUCGGCGCCGAAGCAGUGGGCAGGAUGCUGAUGGUCUACCCCCAGACCAAAGCCUACUUCUCCCACUGGAGCUCCACUGCCCCCGGCUCUGCACCGGUCAAGAACCACGGCCGCGAGGUCAUGGGAGCCAUCGGCGACGCCGUUCAUAGGAUUGAUGAUAUGGUCGGUGCUAUGGGCAGCCUCAGCUAUCUGCACGCCUUCAAACUCCGCGUGGACCCUUCCAACUUCAAGUACCUGGCCCAUUGUGUCAUGGUGUGCAUUUCCAUGUUUUUUCCCGAAGAGUUCACGCCCGAGGUGCACCUGUCUGUGGACAAAUUCUUUCAGUGCUUCGCUCGUGCCCUUUCUGAGAGAUACCGCUGAAAGCACGUUUCGACAGCUCUGGAUAAUAUAUUUCCUGAAUAAAAUAAACAGUCAAUAAAUAAAAAUGACCAUAUAUUACACUGGCA